GCCGCCCAGUCCCGCGCGCCCGCCCUCCGCACGCCGCCCAAGUUCCGCCGAGUCGCCCCGACCGACGCCCCUCGGACCCCGCGCCGUGCGCCCUUCCGCGUUCCCCGCCGGCCCCACCUGGCGCCCGGCUGCGGGGGGCCCGCCAUGGCUCGAGCGCCCGGGGCGCGGCGCUGACGGCGGCCGGAGCGCCAUGCCCAGCAGGACGGGCCCCAAGAUGGACGGGAGCGGCGGCCGCGUCCGCCUCAAGGCGCACUACAGCGGGGACAUCCUGGUCAGCAGCCUGGACGCCGCCACCACCUUCGAGGAGCUGUGUGCGGACGUGCGGGACAUGUGCAGCCUCCCCCAGGGCCAGCCGCUCACCCUCAAGUGGGUGGACAGUGAAGGGGACCCCUGCACUGUGUCCUCCCAGAUGGAGCUGGAGGAGGCCGUCCGUCUGUCCUGUCAGCGCAGGAGCGACGGGCUUAUCAUUCACGUGUUCCCGAGCACCCCCGAGCAGCCCGGCAUGCCGUGCCCCGGAGAAGACAAAUCCAUCUACCGCCGCGGAGCCCGAAGAUGGAGGAAGCUGUACCGCGCCAACGGCCACCUCUUCCAAGCCAAGCGCUUUAACAGGAGAGCGUACUGCGGCCAGUGCAGCGAGAGGAUAUGGGGCCUGGCCAGGCAGGGCUACCGGUGCGUCAACUGCAAACUGCUGGUCCAUAAGCGCUGCCACGUGCUCGUCCCGCUGACCUGCCAAAGGCAUAUGGAUCCCGUCAUGCCGUCCCAGGAGCCUCCGGUAGAUGACAAGGACGACGACGCGGACCUCGCUCCCGAGGAGACUGAUGGCAUUCCUUACCUCUCCUCCUCCCGGAAACGUGACAGCAUCAAAGAUGAUUCUGAGGACCUCAAGCCGGUCAUCGACGGGAUGGACGGCAUCAAGAUUUCUCAGGGGCUGGGGCUGCAGGACUUCGACCUCAUCAGGGUCAUCGGGCGCGGGAGCUACGCCAAGGUGCUCCUGGUGCGGCUGAAGAAGAACGACCAGAUCUACGCCAUGAAGGUGGUGAAGAAGGAGCUGGUGCAUGACGACGAGGACAUCGACUGGGUGCAGACGGAGAAGCACGUGUUCGAGCAGGCGUCCAGCAACCCCUUCCUGGUCGGCCUGCACUCCUGCUUCCAGACGACCAGCAGGCUGUUCCUGGUCAUCGAGUACGUCAACGGCGGGGACCUCAUGUUCCACAUGCAGAGGCAGCGCAAGCUUCCGGAGGAGCACGCCAGGUUCUACGCCGCGGAGAUCUGCAUCGCCCUCAACUUCCUGCACGAGCGGGGCAUCAUCUACCGGGACCUGAAGCUGGACAACGUCCUCCUGGACGCCGACGGCCACAUCAAGCUGACGGACUACGGCAUGUGCAAGGAAGGCCUGGGCCCCGGAGACACGACGAGCACGUUCUGCGGGACCCCCAACUACAUCGCCCCGGAGAUCCUGCGCGGAGAGGAGUACGGGUUCAGCGUGGACUGGUGGGCGCUGGGCGUCCUGAUGUUCGAGAUGAUGGCCGGGCGCUCCCCCUUCGACAUCAUCACCGACAACCCCGACAUGAACACCGAGGACUACCUGUUCCAGGUGAUCCUGGAGAAGCCCAUCCGCAUCCCCCGGUUCCUCUCCGUCAAGGCCUCCCACGUCCUGAAGGGCUUCUUGAACAAGGACCCCAAAGAGAGGCUCGGCUGCCGGCCACAGACUGGAUUUUCCGACAUCAAGUCUCACGCCUUCUUCCGCAGCAUCGACUGGGACCUGCUGGAGAAGAAGCAGGCGCUGCCGCCCUUCCAGCCGCAGAUCACGGACGACUACGGCCUGGACAACUUCGACACGCAGUUCACCAGCGAGCCCGUGCAGCUGACGCCCGACGACGAGGACGUCAUCAAGAGGAUCGACCAGUCCGAGUUCGAGGGGUUCGAGUACAUCAACCCGCUGCUGCUCUCCACCGAGGAGUCCGUGUGAGGCGUCCGGGCCGUGGACACGCCUGUGAAUGACCCGCGCCCUGGCCGCCGCGCAUGCGUGCCGGGAGGACGCCGCCGGACCGCACCCGGCGCCUCGGGCGGAACAGGCCGCAGCCCGGCCCGCGCCGGGGAACUUGCUUCUUGUGCCCGCGGCGCGGAGGCCCGCGGGGACCGCGUCCGAGGGAGACACGGGCCCUCGAUUCCGAAGGUGCACACUUUCCAGACACCGCCCGGCCGCCGCCGGGGACCCACCUGUCAUGUCCCGAGGAAUAAACGUGCGAUGGUCAGA